UCAACACCACCACCAACAACACCAUCACCACCACCAACAACAACACCAUCACCAUCAACACCAUCACCACCACCACCAUCACCACCACCACCAACAACACCAUCACCACCACCAACAACAACCCCAUCACCAUCAACACCAUCACCACCACCACCACCACCACCACCAUCACCAACACCACCAACAACAACACCAUCACCAUCAACACCACCACCACCAACACCAACAACACCAUCACCACCACCACCACCAUCACCAACAACACCAUCAACACCAUCACCACCACCACCAUUACCACCACCACCAACACCAACAACAACACCAUCAUCAACACCAACAACACCAUCACCAUCACCACCACCACCACCAACACCAACAACACCACCACCAACACCAUCACCAUCAUCACCACCAACAACAACACCACCAUCACCAUCAACACCAUCACCACCACCAACAACACCAACAACAACACCAUCA